UGGUUGGUUUUCCGCCGGCAGCAGCCUCCUACCUUUCGUUUGUGUGCCUAUAUCCAUAAGGGAGGAUUAAUUAGCCGGGCUGGAGCUGAAGGAGGCUGUCGUGACGAGCCCAGUGGCGAUUGGCCGCCCGCCUGCCUGGCCCUGCCUUUAUAAUUUCCACACGAAUGCAUCUGGGCUCUUAGACAAACCAACCGCAGCUUCUUCUGACAUAUACACACACGCACACUCACCCCGAUGCACACUCAGCACACUUUUCCUCCAGAUGAUUAACAGUCCUGCACACACAAUGAUUUCGGGAAAGCGUAAAUAAAUACAGAAAGGGGUGAUUAUUUUGACUACUGGAAGAGCUUUGCUGAGUCUCAGCGCAACUUUUGUUUUUAUUACUGAGAAGGUGAUCUCUCCAUGCAUUUCUUUCACACAAGGAUUCUUUAAAAAAGGAAGCAGAGAAAGGGGGGAGAACAAUCUUUCACUUAUGACCGGCUGGGCUCAAAGAUAAAAGGAAGGGGAAAGCGGCAGCAGCGGGGAAGCCACCGCUGCAGCACUUCGGAAAGACACUUUUGAUACAUUUCUGAGCGCUGCGGCCCGUUUCUCCACCGAAGUUGGCUCCAGCUCUAGCAGCCGCAUUGGAUCCCACAGCUUACUGCGAGACUCCGGUGUACAACCCGGAUCUCUGCCCCAACAUGAUCGCAGCCCAGGCCAAGCUGGUUUACCAUCUGAAUAAGUACUACAAUGAAAAAUGCCAAGCCAGGAAAGCUGCCAUUGCCAAAACUAUCCGGGAAGUCUGUAAAGUAGUUUCUGACGUUCUGAAGGAAGUGGAAGUGCAGGAACCCCGGUUCAUCAGCUCUCUCAACGAGAUGGACAAUCGCUAUGAGGGUCUUGAGGUCAUCUCCCCCACCGAGUUUGAAGUGGUGCUUUAUCUUAACCAAAUGGGGGUGUUCAACUUCGUGGACGACGGCUCGCUGCCCGGCUGCGCAGUGCUGAAGUUGAGCGACGGGCGCAAGAGGAGCAUGUCCCUCUGGGUGGAAUUCAUUACGGCCUCUGGCUACCUCUCGGCACGCAAAAUCCGGUCCAGGUUUCAGACACUGGUGGCUCAAGCAGUGGAUAAAUGUAGCUACAGGGAUGUGGUAAAGAUGGUGGCUGACACCAGCGAAGUGAAACUGAGAAUCCGAGAUAGGUACGUGGUGCAGAUCACCCCGGCUUUUAAAUGCACCGGGAUCUGGCCAAGGAGUGCUGCCCACUGGCCACUUCCCCACAUCCCCUGGCCAGGACCUAAUCGAGUGGCAGAGGUCAAAGCGGAAGGGUUUAAUCUCUUGUCCAAGGAAUGCCACUCUCUGGCCGGCAAGCAGAGCUCCGCUGAGAGCGACGCCUGGGUGCUGCAGUUCGCGGAAGCAGAGAAUAGACUGCAGAUGGGAGGCUGCAGAAAGAAAUGCCUCUCCAUUCUCAAGACCUUGAGGGAUCGUCACCUUGAGCUGCCGGGGCAGCCUCUGAACAAUUACCACAUGAAGACUUUGGUUUCCUACGAGUGUGAAAAGCACCCCCGGGAGUCGGACUGGGACGAGUCUUGCCUGGGAGAUCGGCUGAACGGGAUUUUGCUGCAACUCAUCUCCUGCUUGCAGUGCCGGCGGUGUCCCCACUACUUCCUACCGAAUUUAGAUCUGUUUCAAGGCAAACCUCACUCGGCUCUGGAAAAUGCUGCCAAACAAACGUGGCGACUGGCAAGAGAGAUCCUGACCAACCCUAAAAGUUUGGAAAAACUUUAGAGGAUGAUCUAGUCAAGAGCCGAAAUGAUUUCUCUUCUCAAAGUCCUAAAUAAAUGAAAACUUACUGUUCGAUUCCUAAUAUCCCAUUCGACAGUGCAAACAAUCUCUUCUUUAAAAAGGAGUGAUUCAAUGUUUAGGCAUCAUCUCACCCACCCCUCCAAGGGGAGAAUAAGGAGGAUGAGAAGCGAUGGAGAAAACACAAACCUGCAAGUAUUAGUGAAAAAUACACAACACCCAGAACACAGCCCGACUUAAUGGUAAUGCAAGACCACAGGGAACAUUCUGCCUAUCAGAGGAUUAUAGCAAUCCUGGUGAUGUAGGUGCAUCUGCCUGUGAGUAAACAAGAUUUGGAUAUGUCAUCUGAAGGAAAGUGUAAUGUAUAUUUUGAUGUGUAACAAAUAUUGUGAUCUCACAUUGUCUUUGAAAGUGUGGAUGUUGGUGUUUUGUGAUUUGGUGAACAGAAUUUAAAUUGCCAUUUUGGAUACUUCCAGACAUUUUCCACUAACAAAGAUACGGUAGAUUUCCUCCUGGUAACUUUUCUCUGUCUUUGAAAGUGUCUGAACUUUAAAAAGUUUACAUUUUGUUUCAAAUAUACUGCUUGUUCUGUUUCUAACAUUCCAUAAAUAUACUUGAAAUGUUAUUUAAAUAUAUUCAAAGAAAUUUGAAUUCAGCUUAUAUAAUAACGCUUGAAUAUCUGAAUUAUAUAUUUGAAAAAUGCACUUGAAAUACACUGGAUAAUUACUUUUGUGAUUUAGAUUUUAAUUUCUGUUGCCAU